AUGGGUGUAUUUAGUAUUUUUGGAAGCAAUAGCCAUGGUUUUGAUCCAGAAAAAUUCGAAAAAGAGUUAAACACCAUUGCUGAAAACAUCAACAAAACAAAACAACAACUACUUUUACUAUCAUCAAAUAAGCGAAGGACACUCCGCAGAAUUGAGUUUCCAACCGCUGUUGUCUAUAUUUUAAUCUUGUUCUAUUCUUAUAUAUCUAUAUCGAGAGAUGUUAUUGCGACAAAUAGGAUCCAAUGGUUCAUCAAGGGCCAAACAAAGUAUAGUUUGGGCACUCUUAUUGGAUUCCCGGUAGUGCUGAUUAUAAUAGUUAAACUAAUCAGAUUUGUUUACCAGUACUUGAUAAAUGGUAAAGAGAAACAAUUGGUUCUUUUGAAGAAGAAGCAUACGGCAAAGAUUGAAGAAUUAAAGAAAAUCACCAACUUCAAUGCCACAAAUGAAUUACUUAAUAAAUAUGGAGAUGAAAAGAUUGGAGGCCAAACACGUCUUUCCCCUCAGCAAUUAUUAAAACAACAGCAGCAACAACAGCAACAGCAGCAACAACAACAACAACAGCAAAAUCAAAAGCGGAAAGGCAAAAAGCUGUCAAAGUCUGAAGCUUUAAGAGCUCAGGCAUUAAAAGAAUUGAAUUUAAAAGAUCCUUCUAGGAACAUUGAAGGUGCCGCAUUGGCACAGGAUCCAUCCAUUAGCAAAUCACCCGCAUCGGUUACCUCAUCUGCGCAAUCAAGACCGGCAUCACCUUCAUUGGGAGAAACCAAAACUCGUCCACGUACAUUGCAAGAUAGAUUAUUGGAUUUGCUCAUAGGAACCGACAAUUCCGAAGCAGUGGAAAAUAGAUACGCUUUGAUUUGCUCUCAUUGUUUUGCUCACAAUGGAUUGGCACCACCACAUUGUGAAGAUCCAUCACUGGUGAAAUAUCAAUGUUGGAAGUGUGGUCAAUUGAAUGGUAAAGGCGUGCUCUUUGCAGAUCCACCACAACAAAUUCAGCAACAACAUUCUGAUGAAAGCGGCAUACAGACUCCAGGUGAUUUUGAAAGCUCUGAAUUGGCAGAGAUCCUGGGGGAUAAGAAAGCAGAAAAGAAGCAACAAGUCGAAUCAAAGGAUAGUUGGGAGCUGGACCUUGCAGAGAAUGCAAAAGGCAUAGCAGAGGAAUUUGAAAACAAUGAAGAAAAAACAAAUUUGAAAAAAAAAAUAAAGGGUUAG